AUUCACCAAUCAUGAAACAGCCGAGGGGCGGGACCUCGGUGCUUCUUGUUGCUGAGUGGUUGGUUGCCUAGCAACAAGAAACACAAGUUUGUCCGUGAUAUAAACCGAUUAUCCUUCGUGUGAUCUAAAGCGCAGAGUUUAUUAGGUGGAUUCCCCGAUAGUGCCGGCUCCUUUUUUUUCGGCUGUGAAAGAAGUGACUACUGCUGAAACCAUGAGCAGCGAUUUUGUUAUACUCCCUCCUGCAAAGAGUGGGAACUCUGUCAGAUUAAAAACAAAGAAUAUUCGAGAACUUCGUAUGGAAACAGUACAGCUUGAGAUGCAAAAUGAGGAAAUGGAGCAGAAGCUGAUCCAGUUGCGCCAGAGCAUGAGCAGAGAGAAGGAGGAAAGGGAACGAUCAAAUGGAUAUCAUUGGAAAUCUGGAAAAAUUGGAAAUCAAACUCAAAACCACAAAAAGGAAAAUGUUGCUAAGGCUUCUUCAGGGAAAGUGAAGCUAAAAGUUCUCAAAAAUCCAAUUCCAGAGCCUGAGAAACUGAAGACAUCAGGGCCUGCACAUAUGCCAACCACUGAGAAACCCAGAUUAAAGGGGAAAGCUUGUGGACAAUGUGAAAAUAAAAGCGCAAUAUUGAUGUGUUUGGAGUGCGGCGAGCAAUACUGUGCUGAAUGCUUUGCCAAAAUUCACCAGAAGGGGGCAUUGAAGGUACACAGAACUACGCCCAUUCAGGGGAAAUCUCAAGAUGGCAAAUUAGAUGCUUUGCAUGCAUUCAAAAAAGAACUGAAUCUUGAUGAGUCCAGUGGAAGACUUGAAAAAGACAAGCAUUUUACUGAGCGCACAAUCCCAGCUGGAUUUACUUCCUUUGAGGGGAAAGGAGGAGCUGGUGACGAGGGUUUUAGCUCAGAAGCGAGAAAAUUGUAUUUUCCGGACACUUCUGGGUCAUUGAUGCAUGGAAGCUUUAAUGAAGAGGAAUCUGCAAAAUAUUUUAAUGAAGCUUUAUUGGAAUGGAGAAAUCAAACUCAUUCCAAAUCACAACCUCUCGAUACCACUGAAAAUGGCACAGAUUCUACUGGCAAUUUAGAAGUUCAGACUGUUUUGCCUGGCUUAGGAAAACCAUUCCAAAUUGAAUUUAAAGACAGUGGCUUAAGCUACCUAGAGAAACUGACGCUGAAGAAACACAGAAGACCACUAAUAUCUGACCUGCAAAGAGAAUAG